UUUCCAGCUGAAGGUCUCGGGGGAAUAUCAAACUACCACGUCUGCAGCGGGGAGAGAGAGGAAGAGAAGAGGGGGAUCAUAAUAAGCCAAAUGUAAGAUAGGGACGAGUGGACAGCGAGGAGUUAAGACUGCUUCAUGAAAAUAAAGUUGACUGCAACAUCUGGAGCAAGGCGCAAGCUGAAUUUGGACAUAAAGUACGCACAGCCUGCAGCUCCAGAGCCCUCCUUCGGACUUCGUGCUUCCAGCAACGUCCGAUAAUUUGGUUAAAAUUCACCGAAACGCGAGAAGAAUGCACAGACUGGACAAAUACCUCUCGUGGUUUAAGUAACUUGAGUAAUAAGUAGCAGAGACGCACUCCUGCAACUCUUUUGGAAACUCUUUCUGUGCUUUGCGCCAAGUCGAUCUCGGUUGCGCCUGGAAAUUCACUCACGCCUUUUCACAGAUAAUGUUCUGACAAAUAGCAAAGCGAAGUUUGCGCGGACUGUUAGAGGAAGAUCUGUAAUUUUUUUUUUUUUUUUUUUUUUUUUUUUGAGAGACAAGUGAUGGCACCAGAGCCCAAAUCGCUUGUCCGACUGCUGUUGCUGGCGGUGGUGUGGGAGCUGACCGCACAGGGAGCGACGGAGCGACAAAUCAACCCGGAGUCAUGGCUGCAGCAGUACGGUUACCUGCCUCCGGGCGACAUGAGGACUCAUUCCCUCCGCUCCCCUCACUCCGUCUCCUCAGCCAUCGCCGCCAUGCAGAGGUUCUAUGGCCUCACCGUCACUGGCACCUUUGACACCAACACCAUUGAGGCCAUGCGUCGACCACGCUGUGGUGUGCCAGAUAAAUUUGGUGCCGAGCUGAAGAGUAACCUGAGGAAGAAGCGAUACGCAAUCCAGGGUUUGAAGUGGAACAAGAAUGACAUCACUUUCAGUAUACAGAACUACACCCCUAAGGUGGGUGAGUACGAGACCCAAGAGGCCAUCAGGAAGGCCUUCAAGGUGUGGGAGAGCGUCACUCCCCUACGUUUCCGGGAGAUCCCCUACAGUUACAUACGGGACAAGGUGGAGGAGUUUGCAGACAUUAUGAUCUUCUUCGCCGAGGGUUUCCAUGGUGACAGCAGUCCAUUUGAUGGCGAGGGGGGCUUCCUGGCCCAUGCCUAUUUCCCUGGUAAUGGCAUUGGUGGGGACACCCACUUCGAUGCGGCUGAGCCAUGGACUAUUGGAAACAGAGAUCUGUUAGGUAAUGAUAUUUUCCUGGUUGCGGUGCAUGAACUGGGCCAUGCUCUGGGUCUGGAGCACUCCAAUGACCCUUCAGCCAUAAUGGCUCCCUUCUACCAGUGGAUGGACACAGAGAACUUCCAACUUCCCGACGAUGAUCGCAGAGGCAUACAGCAACUUUAUGGGUCUGGAUCAGGUCCUCAGCCACCUCCUGUAACACCCCAAACACCAUACAGUCCCCAGCCCCCAUACUCACCAGACAAGCCUCGCUUUGGCCCCAACAUUUGUGAUGGACACUUCGACACCAUCGCCAUCCUUAGAGGAGAAAUGUUUGUUUUCAAGGAAAAAUGGUUCUGGAGGGUACGUAACAACCAUGUUCUAGAUGGAUAUCCUAUGCCGAUUGGUCACUUUUGGAGAGGACUGCCAACUCAUAUAAAUUCUGCUUUUGAAAGGGAUGACGGGAAAUUUGCUUUCUUCAAAGGGGACAGGUAUUGGGUGUUUACUGAAUCAAUUCUGGAUGCUGGUUACCCAAUGAGCCUCAAGGAAAUGGGCACUGGGCUUCCCAAAGAUCGAAUAGACGCUGCUCUCUACUACACCCCCACUGGACAGACAUUUUUCUUCAGGGCAAACAAGUAUUACCGUUUCAAUGAAGAUUCAAGAACUGUUGAUGAUGGCUAUCCGAAGUCAGUCAGUGUGUGGCAGGGAGUGCCUGACAACAUCAAGGCAGCCUUCAUGAGCAAAGAUCAAGCGUACACCUACUUCUACAAAGCCAACAAGUACUGGAAAUUCAACAACCAGAUGAUGCGUGUAGAGCCGGGAUACCCAAAAUCAGCCCUUCGUGACUGGAUGGGCUGCCCCAACGAAGACCCCAAGACGGACGGAGGAAGAGAUGGAGGAAGAGACGGAGGAAGAGACGGAGGCGGACACGACAAGGACAAGGAGAGGGAGAAGGAGAAGGAACGGGAGGAUAAAGACAGAACUAGAGAUAGAGAGAGGGACAGAGAGAGGGAAAAGGAGAAGGAGGAGGAGGAGGAUACGGAGGUGAUCAUUAUUAAAGAGGUUGGGGGUGGAAGUGGAGCAGCAGUGGUGGUGGUGCCGCUCUUCCUCUUAGUGUGUGUGAUUGUGACGCUGGCAGCCUUGGUGUUUUUCCGUCGGAAUGGUACCCCACGCCGACUCCUCUACUUCCAGCGAUCUUUACUGGACAAGGUGUAGACGGAGGAGGAGAAGGGGAGGGAAAGAGGAGGGAGAGACAGGGAGAGAAAGAGAACAAAAGUGGAAGGAAAUGUUGAACAUGGAUAAUAAGAGCAGAAGAGACAGUGAUAAAACUGGGGAAAGAGCAGAAGGAAAAGCACCACACUUUUAUUUUAAAAUAUUGUUACCACUGCCAGAUUCCUUUUGCCCUAUCUCUCAACCAUUUCAUCCUUCCAUCCUUUUUAUUUUCUUUCCCGUCUGUCUCCGCCUGCCUCGUGGUUACUGACGCCAGCUCAUUGCUGUUUGUUUUAGCCUUUUUUCAAUGUCCUAUUUUUAAUUUUUGUCAGUGGUCAGUGUUUGUGUCCUUGUGAAUUUCCGCUUCGAACCUGCAUCUUCAUGAUGCCCAUUCUAGCAUGUUCCUCUGAGUAAGCAAAGAGCGUUUGGUUGCUCGUUCCUCCCCCUUGUUAACUAGCACACACUCACAUUAACACACACAUUUGGAAACCACAGUGGUGCUGUCAUUGUGGUUCUUAAUCUUCCAGCAGAGUUACGAGUCAGAGCCAGUAUGGACCAUAAAAGGGAAGCAAAACAUUAGCUUAAGUCUGACAGAAUCAUGAGAUACACUCAUAUCAGAGUCAACCAAUAAAUGCAAUGUGCCUUUUCCUUUUUAUAUCAAUGUCUUUAGUGCUGAUUAUUAUUAUAAAUGAUAUUGUCACUAUUAUUAUGACUAUUACUAUUAUUGUUGUUGUCCUCUGUGUAAAGAAUGUGUUUUUGUACAUUGUCAUUAAAAAGUCCUGCUGGACAGUGACAUACAGCUUUGAAAGUGGCCUUAAUUUUAUAUAUGUGGGGACAGUGAAUGGGGAAGGGAGUUAUGUGUUCUUGAAACUUGAUUGUUUUUUUUUUUUACCUUGAAUCUAUCUCAAAUGAAAAUAAAUUGAAGAUCUGAAAAUGACUCCUUUUUGUCAUCGUACUUGUUUACAAAUCAUGGUGCUGCAUUAUUAGUCAGGGGUUAUGAGCAGUUAACAACGAUAAUGCUACUAGUGAUAAUGAUAAUAAUGAUAAUUAUCUAGUUUUCGCAAUGAUAUUGUGUGUGUGUGUUCAUACUCACUUAUAUUUUUAAGCUUUUCUUACUAAAUAAAGUAAUUUCAAAAGUC